AUUUAAUUAUAAACAUCUUGAUUUUAGUAUACUCCACAUAUUUAGAUAUGUAGAGAAAUAAAAUUCUGUACGCUAUUUUUAAGAAAGUAAUAAUGACAUAUUUGGACGACAUAAUAAAAUACAUUUUUUUUUUUAAUUAAUAGAGACGUUGAUGUACAUAGCAAAAGUGCAUGAAUAGUGCAGCAAAAAAAAUUUUAUGCAACUACUAACGCCAUCUGUUAUUAAUGGUCUAUAACUAAUUGGUAGAAUUAUCUAACUGGGGAUCGGAUAAGGCUCAUGUUAGUUGUUUGUUCCAUUGACUGGUGUCCGCUAAUGCUAUUUAUAACAUUGUACCUAUCUUCUCUAUAGACUUUAGCGAGUCGUAACACAAUUAAACCGUAAAAUAACAACGACUUAAUUUCGCGUUUUGCUGAUGUUCUCUGUAUUGGAAACAUCGGAAAUAAUAUCGACGGGUAAAAGGUUAUUUGGUUUAAGCGAAUUUUUUGCAAUUGUACCGGAGAGCCAUUUAAAGUUUAAAAUUUGGAAAAUAUAUUAUAACAAAAAACGUCUUCAGCUAUUUGAAUGAAUUAAACUUAAUUGAAGUUCAAUUGAAAACAUUCGAAUUGUUAAUACUAAUGCUAAAUAAAACGGACCUUUACUUACAAAGAUAAAUGUCGCGUAGCUUUUCAUCCCUCAAUAUAAUGAUAAUGAAAAAACGCUAAAUUUCAUCGUAAUUUAUGUACUAUUUAUAACAGCCUUGUUUCCUAACAUGUUUCUUGUCAAAGGCCUUAAUUAAAAAUACUAUUUAUUCAAAAGAGUUUCAAUUUUUUACGUUUGAGUUUCUGAUAUUUUGACGCGAUGCUAGCGCCAUGAUCGCGAUGCGACGAAGGAACGAAAACUUUGGUACAAUCAAUGUCACUCGAUGAUCAAGGCGAUCAAAAACGCAAUAGGAAUAGGAUAUAAUAGGAAAUUUAAAUACAUAUUUUAUUUACAUUACAAUAGUGAACGAAAAUAUAGUAACAGAUUCUGCAAGUUUGAUUAUUAAUACGCUUUUAUUAGCUGCAGACGUAUGUAUUUAUGUUUGUAACGGAAUUUUUGAACAUGAUUUUGACCUCCUUAAAAACGUAGGAUUAACCCAAAAUUUGGUAUACUUAUGAAGGACCGAUGACAAUACAAUUAUAAAAAAAAUAAUUGAAAAACUUUAAAUUCAACUAAAAAAUGAGAAAUAAAUAAUAGUUUAAAAAAACUAACAAAAUACGCUUUUAUAGAAAAUCCAACUAAUAAAUAAAAUUGAAUAAAAAGAAAAAAUAUUUUAUUGUAAAAAAAGCGUGAGAUGCUUUUCAGGAUAUUAUCAAAGUAACCCUUCUACUCAUAUCUGUUCCUAAAAUAUUUAUAACCACUGAUACCAUCAAAUUUAUUUUCUACUUUUAGUUCGAUUUUCUAUAAAACCGUAUUUUGUUAGUUUUUUUUUACUAUUAUUCAUUUAUUUAUUACCGAAAUUAAAUUUUGAAAAUAAUUUAUUAAUUUUUUUUUUUUUGUUUCUAUGUUACCAAUGCCAAUCAUACAUUAACCUUUAGUAUGCCGGAACGGGGAUAUCCGCAAUCUCGUUAUACUGCCGGAACGCGGAUCCGCGCUGAAACGACCCCAUGUGAUUUUUUCCAUGUUUCUUUAGUAUUUACAUACAGAUAAGGUUGAAAAUCAGAGAAAGCAGUUCCUAUUGAGUGAAGUUAUCUCCUAAUUCGACCAAACAAACGAUUUUCGUUUGAAAUUCGUGUGAGGAGUGUUUUAAACAUUCGGUUUUCACCGGUGUUCCUAGACGUACGUGACUGACAUAAAUAAAAGAUUUUGAGAAGAUAUAUCGAGAAAAAGUAAGUAAAACAUUGUUUUUCUUUAUAUUGUUCAAUAUUAUAGUUGUAUCGAAUAAAAAUAUUACGAAUAAGUACUUAAAAACACCCGAUAAAUCGACGUAAACUUUAGCAUUGACCGUUAGCCCCAACAAGUGUUAAUUUUGAAAUACUCGUAUCUUAGUAUUAUUAUUUUACUAGAAACGUAUUUUAUAAGUACUUUUGAAGUUACUUUUAUGAAGAUUUCGAAGAAAUAUAACAUGAACAGCAAACACGCAGCAUUUCGUCUAAAUGCUUGUUGAGACUUGUACAAUCCGGUUUGAGCGCGGAUCCGCGUUCCGGCUUUUAUAAUUUUCAAAUACAGGAUGUAGUAAAAUUGUUUGAGGUCUGGAAUUCCGCACGGAGAUCCGCGAAUUAUUUUGAUCAGUAAGUAACUGAAAUAAUUGAGAGCUUACGAAAAUCAUCCAAAACCGUAAUAUGUACUAGGUAGGUAUAUAUUAUGAUUCUGGCUUGUUGGUCUAGUGGUGGUUGGUAAACUUGAAUCUAAACCGGAGGUCGUGGGUUCCAUUACCACCCAUUACAAGUCUUUGUGUGAUGAACAAAAUUAUUUGUUCUGUGUCUAUAAUGUGUAUGUAUUUAGAAAUAUAUAAGUAUAUCUUUCAGUUGUCUGGUCGCCGUAGGUUUUGCCUAGUUUGGGAUCAGGUGGCCGUGUGUGUGCUGCCCCAAGACGUUAUUUUAUUAUUAUUCUUAUAUACAUUAUAUAUAUUACGGUUUUUAAAGAUUUUCGUUAAAUACAAAUAGAGUCAGUGCUAUACACCAUUAUUUUUUAACUAGUACAAAAAUUUUAAGGGCAUAUUAGGGAAGACAUUAUUAUCAUAUAUGUGACGGAAAAAUCUCAUAAUACCUUUAAAUAGCAAAGUUAUUAUCAUUUGUUUAUUGUAAAAAAUCUCACUGAAAUCAUGGACAUAUUAUUUUACAAUCCAUUCAUUAGUUCAUUGAACUUCAUUGAUGGUAUUCCAUCCUACUCAUUCGCAUUCGUACUUGUGACGUAAAUGGCCUUAGACAAUAAAAUGAAACAAAAGAACAUGUGAUGUAGUUACCUACUUUAUUUAAUUUCAUAUUCAUCCGGGCUUAGAACCGGCAAAAUUACCUUUUUACAAUUAAUUAAAUAUGUAUGUGAUUAGAAAACAAUAAACAAAUAUUACAAUAAAAUAAGGUAUUCUGUACUAAAAGAAAAGAGAAAUUUUGGCAUAUUUAUGAAGUUAGAAUCAGGUGCUAUUUACAAUAAUUAUUUACAUAGGUAUUAUUUACUAAACUUACAAGUAUUUCAAUUGUCCUUCGAAAUGUCCGCCACUAUUGUUAAUACACAGACGGGCUCGUUUCAUUAAAUUGUUUUUAACGCUUCUCUGUCUUUUCACUUCGUGAAUAGCGUCCAUUAUGCGCUGUUUUAAUCAUUCGAGCCUAAUUCGCUCGCUUCUGUACACACGUCUCUUAAUUUCACUCCACAAAAAGAAGUCCAUGGGCGUUAAUUCUUGAGAUUUCCUGUAGUGAUAUGGAUGUAAUCCAGCCUUAUUAAUAAUCUUCCAGGCACAGGACUGGCUGAUGUUAAAACCGUCGAUCAGCGUCAUUUGUACUCCGCCGGGGAUCCUCUUCAAAAUACGCUAGUACAUCGUCGUACAGAUUUUGUGACAACGCCGGUCUUCCUCGUUCUUGACUAGGUGACCGUGCGUGGAAUGAACCGUGAUCAAGUAAACGCUGGUAAGCAUUUACCACGGUUCGCACAUUUGGCUGUCGAGCGUUUGGGUGUCUUCCCUGUACAUACGUACAGCUGCACUCGCGUUUUCUCCACUCAAAAAGUACGCACGAAGCAUAGCUACAUACUCCCGUGAUGUGAACUGAUAAGCCAUCGCGUCAGGGAAAACUUAAACAAACAACUGUUGCAACGAAAAAAAGCAUGCGCACACUUCCGCUAACAAUUUAGCACUGUUUUUUGUCGUUGUUGCGUCGGGGCGCGGCGCGGGCGCAGAGGGACAUGGGGUGGUUGGUGGGCUUCGACUUGAGUUUCCCGGAAUUUAUCAAUGGAGCAGCGCCCCGUAGGUACCCAAACCCCGCCGCACGUACCUACUAUCGGUCAUUGAUUGAUUUUUUUACAGUUAUUUAGCAUUUACCAGUUAUUACGUAUUUUAGUGGACAGUUUUGAGACUUAGUCUUUUUUAUUUUUUAACUACACAAAUAUGAUUAGUUAAAGAUACUUAGAGCCCAGUUAAAUUUUUUGUACUAAUUAAAAAAUAGGGGUGUAUAUUGUUAUUUUUUUUCUUCUAGGUAUUUAUUUACUUUUUUAUAUAUAUUUUUAUCGAUUUGUUAUAAACAAUGGUUGUUUUCUUAGACGUUGAUAACUAUUUAAACAAAGAAGAUUACCGUUUGUGCAUUUACGAUUUGAAAUGGCCAUAGAAGGAAACGCACUUCGUGAAAAUGAAUAUGGAAUCAAGAAAAAUGGAUCGUGGGUGUACAAAGACACCACCCCCACAUCCUGUCCCAGUAAUUAUGGCUUUGCCGGUGCAAUUAUCGCCGCACGGAACUCUACGAGUUCCAUCGAACGAAUACGUUCUAGUACAUAGAACUGAUUCUGGAAAUAUUCAGGCUCUGCAAAGUUCAAUAAAUGAGAAGUUAGAGCCCAGAAGACUAGACUUUAAUGCAAAAGAGGAUUUACCUUCCACUGUGAUGUGUGAUGAUGAGUAUUUACCGUCUUCAUUAGCUGAGGCCUUAGCGGUAGAUUCUGGUAGCGAAAUUGAUGAAUGGGAAGACUAUGAUGAUAUCGAUCUACGUAGGAUUUUAGAGGCGGAGGAAGUCAAUAAGGAAGAAGAAAUAGUGCCAGAUGUUGAAUUGCUCCAUGAAAGGGUGCCGGAAAAUGUGUUAACUUGGUGCGAAGAUUUUGACAAGUUCACCGGUGUUGAAGAGUUUUAUGAAGAGCAAUCUGGCCCCACUAUUUAGGAAACUUCCCCCAUAAAUAUAUUUAAAGCUAUUUGGGAUCGACAAAUAAUGAAAACAAUAGUAAACGAGACUAAUAAAUAUGCUUGGCAAAUUAUAGCUCGUGCAAGUGAAGAAGGCAUUACUAGUGGAUCGCGUCUUAACGAUUGGAAUGAGACUACGGUAGAAGAGUUAUAUACAUUUUUCUCUAUAUUAAUUUACAUGUCACUAUGUAACAGAGCUAGGCUCGAUGAAUAUUGGACGACAGGAGUACUAGGCAUGCCAAGCUUUAGACAAAUUAUGAGUAAAAAUAAAUUUCUUUUACUGCUACGUUUUUUACACUUCACCGAUAAUGACUAUCUCAUAGACUCUAUUCACGGGUAUGAGCGGAAAAUAUAUAAAAUAGCUCCAAUCGUCGAGCACUGUAAUAAAAAAUUCGCUGAAAUAUAUAUCCCCCGCAAAGCUCUUACUUAGCAUAGAUGAGUCUCUUUUGUUAUGGAAAGGGCAUCUAUCUUGGAUACAAUGUAUACGGACAAAAGCAGCAAGAUUUGGCAUUAAAACAUAUGAGCUGUGUGAAGCGGAAACGGGCUACCUAUUAAAUUUUGUAAUAUAUGCGAGAAAAAAUCUAAAUGCAGAACAAGCUGUGCAUGGCUUUACAAACGCAACUUCCAAAGUUGUACUGAAGUUGUCAGAAGGUUACCUAGAUAAAGGUCAUUGUCUAUACAUGGACAAUUUUUAUAACUCCGUAUGCUUGGCACGUUUUUUAAAGAGUAGACGCACAGACGUUGUAGGAACACUUAAUCGCCGCAGAAUCGAUACCCCGUCCAAUAUCAAAAAUUUGAAUGAACGUCAAAUGCAACGUGGGGACAUUGUUGCUACACACUGCGGAAACGUCACAGUUGUGGCCUGGAAAGAUGUAAAAUUGGUAACAAUGAUUUCGACUUUUCAUAAAAAUGACACAGUUCUAGGCCGCAGAGCAGGCACCGAAUGUGAAAAACCGGUUGUAGUGCACAAUUACAACAAAAACAUGGGAGGAGUAGAUCUAAAGGAUCAAAAACUUUCGACAUAUUUAAUGGAACGUAAAAGGGGUCUCAAGUGGUAUAUCAAAGUUUUUAGGCGCUUUUGCUAAACUGUAGCAUUUUAAACAGUUACAUAAUAUAUAGGUGCCAUGAUAGAGAAAAGAAAUUGGAUCACCGGCAGUUUCGGUAUACUUUGGCGGAGGUCCUGUCUUUAGAAAGUAUGUACAUACAACGCAUUAGGCCUGCUGCAAAUACAGGUUAUGAUCGCUAUAAAGGAAAUCAUUUCCCUGAUCAUUUCUCCAAUGACGCUGAUAAAAGUGAGCGACCAAAUAAACGCUUAAAUCUACACAAGAGGGGACGUUGCGUCAAUUGUACGUCAAACAAAAAACUGAAGGAGACAAAUAUAAUUUGCACAGGCUGUAAAGUUUUUCUUUGUGUAGGUCAGUGCUGGCGCGAAUACCACACUCCACCUAAUAAUUAGUUACUCUAUUAAAAUUUAAUAAAACCGGUGUCAAGUAGUUGCAUUACACAUUUUUUUAAUCUUUUUUAAUUCGUCAUUUUUAGUUUUAAGUAAAUAGUGAAAUACUUUGUUGGUUAUCUAAUAGUUUGUAAAUUUUACCAACGUUUUUCUAGAAGUUUCUUUCUUUUUUAAUCAAAUCUUAGAAAGCAUUUUUUCUAAACCCACCCUGUACAUGAAUGGACCAGUCUGUGCCGGAACGCGGAUCCACGAAUGGAAAUCUUACAAAAAUUUGCAAUAAAAAAAAUGUAUUUCUUUCUAAAAUAUUUCACUAGUGUGAACUAUUUUGUAGUGUAAUUACGAACAGAAUAUAUCAAAGAAUAUAAUAAAACAAGAAAAAGUUAAAAUAAAAUAACUACCUUUGUAUUA